AGAGAGCGAGCGGCGGCGUGUCUCCUCCUCUCCGAGUGACACAGCAGUUAGAUAUGCCCUAUCAGUAACUUCAAGCCCACAAACUCCACCUCUGACUGAGGAAACUGUGGGCUGAGGGAAAUGUAGUGCGCGAAAUGAGACAGACAGUGAAUCAUUAGCAAACUGCAACGCCAGGAUGAACUUGUCGGGAACCUAAGAGGAGAGGGGAAACAAGCGCCGAGAGUCCCUCUCUCUUUCCCCACCUCCCUCCCUCCCUCCUUUUUUUUUUCUUUUCCUUUGAGCGCUGCUGGGUUUCGUCCAAAACAAUCAAACUGGAUGUAAAAGCUGGUGGAUCACCAGUCCAAGAUGCUUCUGGUUUCCCCGCGGGUAGAUGCACCACGCAUGGAGCCGCAUAUUCCAGGACCCAUUAAAAGAAAGGUAGAUGAUGACAGUUCUCCAACCUCUACCACCAUGCCUGAGGCCAGCUUUCCAAGCGACAGUAAGAGACUCUGUCUUGACGAUGUCACUCUUUCCAUGGGACAAGGGGCCAAUCCUGUUUCGUGCACAGAUAUGCAGCACUCCCCAUUCUCCACCAGCCACAGUGCAUCCUCUAUGGGAGUGUCAGGGCAUGGAAUGCUGCUUGAAAACAAUCACAUGAGUGGUACCAGUAUAGGUUCUCCAUUUCAAGUGCCACCUAACAAUGAAGUAGCACAGAAGGGGCCCUUAGGUGGCCAUUUUGAUGAGAAAGGGGGCAGCAUGCACGCUGUGGACCAGGAGCUGCAAGAUCUGCUGGAGGAGCUGACGAAACUGCCCGAUCCUUCUCCCAACGAGUUGGACCUUGACAACAUCUUGGAGAAAGAUCCCCUCGGUGGCCCAUGCCACCCGCAACCACCCGUCAGCAGCACUCCAAAGGCCUCUCCGCAGACCCCGCAAUUCGACAGCCAUGUGCCCAACAAAGACUUCUCGCAGGGGUCUCCUCAAAUGAGACCCUCGUCAGCUGGCGCGAGCUACCUGGUUUCGAACCAAAGCAAGAACAUUGGUUCACCGGUUUCUUCAAACAACGCACCAAACAAGAGCCAAGCGCAGUCUAUGCUCCAAGGAGCUAUGCCCAGCUUGCCUGGCACUAACUGGCAUGCGCAGCAGCUAAAGCAACUGGCUGCGAGCAAACAAGGCCCAACUGCUAAGCCUCAAGCUUCCAGUUGGCCUGCUAUGUCGUCACAAGGCCUCUCUCCUCCUUAUCAACAAGGAUCCUCCCCUCACCACCAGCCGUUCAGCCCUCAGAAUGUCAUGGUGUCUGGCAUGAGCUCUAGCAGUGUGCCAGGGAGCAGCAUUCAGAGUCCCCAGAACUCCCUGCUCUCCAGCAUAACAUCUGGUAACAACCCGCCCAGUGGUCCAUCUCCUCCUUACGGUUCCGAGAAGCUUUCAAGCCCAGUUCUCAACCAGCAGCCGUUCAGCCCGCCAAAUCCUAUCCUGACCAACAUAUCCGGCAGCAGCAUCAAAAGCCCACAGAACAGCCUGGUGACCACAAGCACGAGGCCCUCCCCACCAUACAGGCCAGAGAAGUUGUCAAGCCCUGCUCUGCACCAGCAGCCCUUUAGCCCUCAGGGCACCAUGAUGCCAAGCGCCACCUCUACAAGCAGCUCAGCCAGCAUGCAGGGCUCUCUCUACAAACCCAUGUCGGCAACCCAGGCCAAAAGCAUGGGCAUGAUGAUGCAGCAGCCCUCCAACAACAUGCAGCCAGGCUUGAUGAACGAAAGCGACCUGGGCAGCCAAGACCAGUUCUCCUUCAAUAACACCAAGCCGCUGUCCCAUUUCAGCUCUGAACCCGCAGCUCCUCAGAAGAUGCCGUCUUUGCCCGCAGGCUCUAGGCAGACGCUUCUGCACUAUCUGCAGUCGCCGGGGCCGGUGCCCCCGCCGCCGCCACAAGCCGCACCUCCUCAGCAGCCCCAGCAAGUCAACAGCAGCCAAGUCAUGCAGCAGCAGCUGCAACAAAUGAUGCACUCGGCUCCUGUUCAGCGGCGUGUGCAGUCAUCUCCAACACAACCUCGACAGACGUCUGCAAUCAUUGCUAGACUUCAAGAGCCGCUAGAAAUCCCACCUGCAGUCCCAGCUUCAUCUUUGGUGAAUGGCUGUAACAUAAGGAACCAUCUACUGAAGCAGCAGAUAAUGAGACGGCAGCAGCAGCAGCAGCUACAGGAAAAGCAGAGGCACAGCAUGAUGGGAGUAGCAUCUGAGCAGAGGGGUCAUUUUGUGGGGCAGCUGAUGAAUCAGUUUCCUGCCGUUUCCCAGCCCAUGCCAGCAGAUUGCACCCAGUCCAUGCCGACUCCUCCUCCAAAUCACCGCAUAAUGUCAUCUCCCCAGGCAAUGUUGCAGAGUUCCUUGGGCUCUGGGAUCACUCAGGUGUCCCCCGUGAACCAGAAUACUGGGGCAGUGGUGAUGAUUUCACACAGCCCCAGCAAGCAGCCAGGAAUGUACCCAUCUAAUGCCGAAUUCAGCCUCCCAAUCCGGCAAAGCCAAAAUUCCCUGGCUAUGAGUUCAGGAUGCCAAACAGUUCACGGCCACCCUUCUGUUCGGCCUGGCAUGGUGCUGGCCAGCUUUGCCUCUGGUUCCCUAGCGAACCACACUUCGCAGCAGCAGCACUUGAGGCAGCCAACAAUGCAAAGAAUGGCUAACGUCUACUCCACCUCCGCUCAGAUGUGGUCACAAAGGAUGCCAAAUCAAAGCCAGAUGGAUGCCAGUAUGCAGCAGUUCUCUGGCAAUGCUGUCUUCUCGAAGCAGAAUGCAAGGCCAAAUCUCUCUGGUCCGUCGUUUACCCAGUCUGUGGCACCACCCAAUCAGAUUGCUCCUGGGGUCCAUGCCAGACAGAUGCAAAAAGCCAGUAUGGGACAAUCAGGACAGAACUUGGGCCCUCUGAAUAACCAGAACCUGAGACCCAAUAUGACAAGAGUACCUUUGCAAGCCGCAAUGAAUGUCAUGAAGCCAAUGCAGCAAGGUGUAAGCAGUUUUAGCCAGCUCACUGCUACGCACCCAGUCGGCCCACCAACUUAUCCUGGCUCUGCCGGCCAGUCGUCAGGAUCAUUCAGCAGAAUGAGCACUGCCUCUGAGAUGCAACCCCAGUACGACUUCAUACUCCAGCAAAACGAUGGAAUUCUGCCUGAUAACUGCUGUGAGGCUGACUUUAUCGAUAAUCUCAUGAAGAAUAGCGGCGGCGGCAGCGGGAGCAGCGAUGAAGAGUGGCUGAAUAAUUUGACAAUGAUAGAUGACAUUUUGGGGCAACAAAGCUCUGGACACGUGUGAUUCUUGAGGGAUGCUGAUGGGUAUGUAAAUAAUCUGUGCAGGACUAAAAGAAAAAGAAAAAAAAGCAUUUACAAUAAUAAUAAUAAUAAUAGAAAUCCUCCCCUUCUUAAUUAACUUGCCCAACUAACUCUUCACCUUUCUCCCAGAUUUUUCAAAUAGCGCUGUAUAUAUAGUUGAAUAUUUUUUGUAAAUUAUGUUUUCCUAAACAUUAAAUAUGGAAGUAUUUAUACUUCUUUGCUGGACUCUUUGUAAAUAUCCUAUAGACUAUUCUCUCUCUCUCUCUCUCUCUUCUCUCUCUCUCUCUCUCUCUCUCUCUCUCUCUCUCUCUUCUCUCUCUCUCUCUUCUCUCUCUCUCUCCUUUCCUAUUUUUUUGGUAUGUUAGAGGAGUUGAGUUACAUCUUGUUCUAAAUAUGCAAUUGUUAGUUUCAGUAAUACUGUGUAUUACAGCAUCAAAUAUUUUAUGUCCAGAAAAACAGAGUAAACAGGAAGCAAGGACUGCCAUAUUCCUUGCCUUCCCAUGCCCGUGUAAAUUUAAGAUGACAGAUCAACUGAAUUAAAAAUCAAUUUUGAUCUGGCCGACAAUAAUUCAAUCCCUACCAGGCCCAGGAAUUCAUCCAAGCAAAUUGCUUAAUAAAGGAGCUCAUUGUGGCAAGCUCUUGUGCUGGACUGAAGGUGCCAACAACCCCGUACACUGUUCUUUUGCUCUUUCUAUGGCUGUGGUUGACCCAGGUCUGUUCCACACAACCAGUGUUUGCGCUGAAUGAGUACAGCACCAAGCCAUGAGUUGCAUGUACGGACGAGCCACAGGCUGAGCAACAGAAUCACCUCAAGACAUAAUUAUUGCCGCUUGCAUCAGCUACAAGUCACCAGGUGACGAGUAAGCAAGCAGUGAUGUAAGCGUAAUGUGUGAACUGGUCCACAGGGUAAGAAGGUGGUUGAUCUGAAAGGCUGUGACAAAUACCAAGUGCUUUUGUAGAAAAUUAUCUGUGUCAGAAAAGCAUGCAAGCCUGAAAGCAUGGAUGUCGCCUUUCAGAAAUUAGAAACGCUUUCUGGCUUGCCCACCUCAGCAGUGUAUAGUUGCAGUUUGCAGGCUAUCUGUUCCUAGUUCUAAACAACUUUCAUAUCUUCUUCUCUGUUUUUGAUGAGACUCUCCUUCCUGCCCCCCCCCUUUUCCAUUUCUCACCUCCCAGAUAAAAUGUCUAUAAACGCGAAUAGCUUAACUUUGGAUGUUUUUUCCUGUUAAAUGUAUAUUUAAGAGUCUGUUUAUAAAAGAAUUCCGUUCUACUGUAAGCUUUCUUCAGCAAUGUUCAUACUUUGUGUAAUCAGAUUUUAAUGGCCACAUCAGCAUCCAUUUGUAUGACAAUGUCCACUUCAAGCACACCAAAAUGUUCUUUUUUCCUUCAUACCAUAAUAAACUGCCAGGGAAAAAUUUGCA